AUGCCGCCGAAAUUCGUACCCAGGCAGCGCAAACACAAGGUUUUAGCCCGGUCGAAAGGCAAAUCUUCUGAGCCCAAUGCCGAUUCAAAUGCGGUGGAGCUCCUGCCGGUCGCGAAGAGCGACAUCGAAGAGAAGAAGAGGCGGAUGAAGGAAGAGCUGCGCAAGGAGGGGAAUAAAAUUAGUGGAAAGAAAGCGAAGCGACUGGAGAAAUAUAUCGAAACAAAAUUAAAGAAGGACGAGAAUCGGGAGCUUCUUCAGAAAGUUGCGAGGUCGACUACCGAUACCAGCCUUUUUCAGAGCAGUAAGAAACUGGGCCAGGGACGAGAGACCAAGAGAGAAAGACUUCGGAGGGCUUUAAACGAUAAGCUUGCUGGAAUAGAUAUUGAUGGAGACAAUGAUGAGGUUCUGUUCGAAGAAAGAGAAGUGAGAGUUCCUGAGGAUCAGGUGUCCAAAGAGGAGGAUGAGCCAGAGGGACGAGGCCCCUCAGUCCCAGUUGCUGAAGCACCACAGCCAACCCCCAUAGCUGGAAUAGGCUUGAAAAGGCCGCUCGAGGUCGACGAUGAAGGAAAACCGGUUUUGAAGAAACGAAAACGCAGAGGAGGGGUCAAGUCUAAGCUUUUGGUUAAACAUCAAGCUUCAGAAGAACCUGAAUGGGAUGGUUUCAGUUCUAAUUCCGAUGGUGAGGAUAAUAUAAACGGGAAGGCCAACAUGGAAGAAGACGACGUCGACUCAUCAGAGGAUGCUGAAGGCGAGAGUGAAGAGGAUUCGGUCUCAGAUUCCGCGAGUGACUCGGAGAACGAAGAUUCUGAUGAAUCCUCGUCUGACAAGGACGAGGAUGAUGAUGAUGGCUCCGCACGGAAACAAAGGUCAUCGGCGUUCAAAGCCUGGGCGAACCAACAAGUCAAUGAGGCACUUGGCUUCCAGCCAAUACCUAACAUUCCAAACGCAACGGAAACGCCAAAAAUACCAGGUUUCAAACCCAGAGCACCGGAGCAGGAUCCUCUACCUCUUGAGUUGCAACCAACUACAAAUGUUUCCCGAAAAGCCUUCAGCGUAGCGGUAACCAGACCAGACGAUAUCCAGAAAGCCCGACUCAAAUUACCCGUUGUGGCAGAUGAGCAGAAGAUCAUGGAAGCAGUACACAAUAACAACAUUGUGGUCGUGAAAGGUGAAACGGGAUCUGGGAAGACGACCCAGGUCCCUCAAUUUCUAUUUGAAUCAGGCUACGGUUCACCUGACUCUCCAACGCCGGGAAUGAUUGGGGUCACUCAGCCCCGACGAGUCGCAGCUGUCAGUAUGGCUAAGCGUGUCGGAGAUGAGUUAGGUGAUCAUGGGAACAAAGUUGCAUAUCAAAUUAGGUUUGAGGGAACUGUAGGACCGCAAACUGCUAUCAAAUUCAUGACCGACGGUGUGCUUCUACGAGAAGUUGCACAAGAUAUUGCACUGCGGAAAUACUCGGCUAUCAUCAUAGACGAAGCCCAUGAAAGAAGCGUCAAUACGGACAUUCUCAUAGGAAUGCUCAGUCGGGUUGUCAAAUUAAGGGAAGAAUUGGCACUGGAAGACGCUUCAAUCAAACCACUGAAGCUCAUCAUCAUGUCAGCAACUUUGGAUUUAGCCGAUUUCAGAGAAAACAAGGCUUUGUUCUCUGUGCCACCUCCUUUACUGGAAUCCGAGGGUAGACAGCAUAAAGUCAUAACCCAUUUCGCACGAAAGACUCAUCACGAUUAUGUUGAAGAAGCUUUCCGGAAGGUCAGCAAGGGACAUCGGAAACUACCUCCCGGUGGCUUCCUUGUUUUCCUCACUGGACAAAAUGAAAUCACACAUCUCAGUAAGCGACUGAAAGAGGCGUUUCGCAGUGGCCACACUGCCACAGGCCCUCCGGUUCGAAUAUCAGGGAAAGAUGCGCCAAUUGAGGCCGAGGAUAUUGAUUUUGGAGAUACGGGUAACGAUAACAACGAUGACUACGAUGACGACGAGACUCAUAUACACAUUAAUGAUGACGAUGACGAUGACUUUCGAGUGGAAAAUGAGGAACCAAAUACUGGCCCAGCCAAGGUCCACGUAUUGCCACUUUACUCGCUAUUGCCAACUAGGGAACAAUUGCGAGUGUUUGAGCCUCCGCCUGAUGGGUCUCGCCUUAUUGUCCUAGCCACCAAUGUCGCCGAGACUUCUCUUACAAUCCCAGGAAUUCGUUAUGUUUUCGACUCUGGAAGGUCAAAAGAACGCAAGUACGAUCAAGCGACCGGCGUCCAGAGCUUUGAGGUCGGAUGGAUCAGCAAAGCCAGCGCAAGGCAGCGUGCCGGUCGUGCUGGUCGUACAGGAGAAGGCCAUUGUUAUUGUUUGUAUUCGUCUGCAGUUUAUGAGCGAGACUUCGAAGACCGUGCAAAACCAGAGAUCCUUCGUAUGCCAAUUGAGGGAGUGGUCUUGCAAUUGAAGGCAAUGAAUCUGCAGCAUGUGAAAAACUUCCCAUUCCCGACAUCGCCAGAUCGUGAAGGCCUCGAGAGUUCCGAGAAACUCUUGACCUAUUUGUCUGCAAUCUCACCCACUGGGCAAAUCACUCCGAUGGGUUCGACGAUGUCGAUAUUCCCCCUAUCCCCGCGAUUUGCGAGAAUCCUUCUGGUCGGUCAUCUACAUGACUGUCUACCAUAUACCAUUGCUUUGGUUGCUGGCCUUUCUGCCGCAGAUGUCUUCAUUCCUGAGAACCAAGUCAUUCCCGCUGUCGCGCCCAGGGAAGAAGACGCACUCUUCACCAAUGCUGAUCGCAUCGAGGAGGAUGUCAGAAACAACAUAAGGCGAAAAUUCAACAAAGUCCAAAAAGACUUCUGCUUUCUCGACGAUAAGUCUGAUGCAAUUAAAUUACUUCAAGUGGUAGGGGAAUUUGCUCAUGAUCCCACGGAAUCAUGGUGUCAGUCACAUUAUGUACGCUUUAAAGUUCUCAAAGAAAUCCUACAAUUACGACGCCAGAUUACAGAUCUACUCCGCACAAAUAUCCCAGCAUUCGCCGGCCUGAAAUUCGAGGAAAAGCUUGGUGCGCCAUCAGCGACACAGGUCAAAGCACUUAAACAGAUGGUCGCAGCAGGCUUCAUCGAUCAUGUUGCCAUUCGAGCUGAUCUAUCCCCAAACCCCCCUGAAGUGCGACGGAAGCCAACUCGUGCUAUCGACGUACCCUACCUCACACUCUUCCCAUCUCACGUGCGAAACGAAGACGAUGAUAAGGCGGUCUAUAUUCACCCGUCCUCACCUCUUGCACAUAUCAGUCCUCAGGAAUGUCCGGAGUAUAUUGUAUAUUCAUACCUGCAACGGGCAGCUCCAAGGGUCGACUCCGAGAAAAGGCCAAAGACUAGGAUGCAUGCCUUGACCGAUGUCACUGGUAGCCAGCUUGCUUCACUUGCAAAGGGAACGCCACUUAUCGAUUACGGGAAGCCUAUCAAAUCGGUUAUGCCAAAGACUAAGAAUGAUGCUGGUGUCGAGACCAGGGAAUGUUGGGUUAUCCCGUACCUGAAGCCUGAACGAGGUAUCGGAUGGCCACUACCGGCGAAGAAGGUCACACAGAAGAAGAUUCCGGGCAGAGGCUGGGUGGUUGAAUGA